AUGUCAACUCGAUCUCUUGGUCAAUGCUUAGUAUGUGAUGAUGAAGCCGUUGGUAUUAAUUUUGCUGUACCAACUUGUGCGCCAUGUAAAGCAUUUUUUCGUCGAAAUGCUGUAAAACUCGGUAGACGUGAUUUUAUUUGUCAACAUGAUGGUGACUGCCCGGUAACCUAUAAGUCUCGUCGGUUUUGUAAUUGUUGUCGUCUAGCAAAAUGUUUUCGCAUUGGAAUGCAAAAAUCGUUGAUUCGAUCCGAAGCCGAACGCGAAGCAAGAAAACAACUUGUUGAACAAAAUCGACGAAAACGUUUUCAAACAUUACCAAAAAAGAGUCCUGCUUUGAUUCGUCCAUCAAACUUAUUAAUAUUGUCACAAAGUCAACCGCAAUCUAUAUCUCCAUCGGAUCAGACUCUUCUUACAAACAUCUGUAGUGCAUAUGAGCGAACAUGUAUAGCAGCAAAAGUUGAGCAGUGUCCUUCGUUUCCAAGUUUAAAACAUGCAUCUGUGCAUACGCUACUCAAUGAUUAUACGGACCGUCAAAAAGCUGUAAUUAAAUAUUUUAAACUUAUACCAGAAUUCGAUCAAUUGUCUAUGUGCGAUAAAAUAUGUCUAAUUCGAAAUCAUUUUUGUAUAACACUUAGUAUAAAUGAAGCAACACUUUCUUCUGAUAUAUCACCAAAACUGAUGGAUUCAAUAACAGUAUUGUUCAAGCCGGAAAUAUCUUCUAAUCUUGUUCAAUGUAUUAAAUUAUUGCAUUCAUAUAACAGCGAUCGUACGCUACUUAAAAUUCUUCUUAUUAUUAAAAGUUUAUGCAGCGGAAUGAAUCGACUUACACAUGAAGCAGACAUGGAUCGAAGUUAUGAUGAUACUCUAGCAAUAUUUGCUGCGCAAAAUAUGUAUGUUGAACUGUUAUGGAGAUAUAUUUUAUCACGAUUUCCAUCGGAAUUGUAUGCUAUUAAAUUUUACAAUAAACUCAUGCGAGAUUUAAUGUUCGUACAACGUGUUUGUUUUAUGACAGAAUCCUAUAUAAAUAGUUUAACCAAUGAAAUACAAAAAAUGAACCCAUUGAUUCAAAGUAUGUGGCCAGUACCGAAUCCGCCGAGCACUGGAGAUAUCGAUGUUAUGAAAAUUGACUGA